AUGGCGUUUGGUUUCUUUUCGGGUGAAUUCAGCGAUCAGGGCGUCAUGGACGACGGUAACCUCUUUUCGACGCUGUUUUUGUUGGGAGGAAACGUUGUCGGUUUUGCCAUCAUAUACAGUAUCGGCAACGUAAUUUCAUUAUUCAGUUUAACGUUCAUUAUCGGUAUCCCAAAGCAGAUUAAGACCAUGUUUGCUCCAGUGCGCUUUUGGGCCACAAGUAUUUACCUGGCACUGCUGGUACUGACACUUGUUCUCUCUAUAUUGCUUCACAAUUUCGUGCUGUCUAUCGUGUUGGUGAUUAUUCAGUUUUGCGCAUUGGUGUGGUACUCGUAA